GUGUUCCUCCCGCAUAGUUUCAAUACUGUUUUUUUGGUUUUCGAGAACUCCAAAUGGCAAAGGAACUGAUUAACUGGGAAGAAGUAAAAAAACACCAAUCUUUAAAGGACCGCUGGAUCGUAAUCCAUAAUAAGGUUUAUGAUGUUUCAAGCUGGCAGAACAAACAUCCUGGAGGUAGAAAAGUGAUUGGUCACUAUGCUGGUCAAGACGCGACAGGUGCAUUCAUUGCGUUCCACAAAAAUCUUCAGUACGCUGAGAAGUUCUUGAGUGCAUAUUAUGUCGGAGAUUUGGAUCAAGAGUGUCCGGAAGAUAAGGAUAUAAAUUCAAAAAUUAAGGAAUACCAUGAAGAUUUAGAAGGUUUACGCACUAUUCUACUAAAGAAGGGACUCUUUGAAGGAAGCAAAACCUUUUUUGGCGCGAUGAUGCUUCAGGUAUUUGUUCUCGAAUUAUUGGCAUAUUUGAAUUUGGCGUAUUUCGGAACCAGUUGGUGGUCCAUCAUAUUAUCAGUUAUACUGUAUUCGAUAUCUCAAGGUCAAGCAAGUUGGUUACAACACGAUUUAGGACAUCUAUCAGUAUUUGGGAGUACUCGAAUAAAUCACAUUUUCCAUGAGAUUAUACUUGGUUUAACCAAGGGAGCUUCUUGUCAUUGGUGGAAUCAUAUGCAUUCUCAACAUCACGCUAAACCGAAUGUGAUUGAUAAAGAUCCGGAUACACGACUGGAACCAAUUUUUGUUGUUGGUGACAUUCUACCCAGGAGAGCAGCUAGUUCUGAAAGCAAAUGGGCCUGGCAUCUUCCUUAUGAACAUCAGCAUAAAUAUUUUUUCCUAAUUGGUCCACCUCUAUUAUUUCCUGUUUAUUUCCAAAUUAUGUCCUUCCGUCAUAUGUGGAUUCACAGAAGAACAGAGGAUUUUCUGUACGUCAUGGGAUUUUUUGUAAAAUUACUCACUCUUUAUUAUUCCUUACUUGGAUUUUGGGGAAGUUUGGCCUAUUUUUUUGUUGUGAGAGUCAUAGAAAGUCACUGGUUUACUUGGGUUAGUCAGUCAAACCAUUUGCCAAUGCCCGUCGAUUAUGAUAGAGCUGAACCAUGGUUUCGCUUACAGCUGAAUGGAACAUGCAAUGUUGAAAACUCGUUAUUCAAUGACUGGUUUACAGGACAUUUGAAUUUCCAGAUAGAGCAUCACCUGUUUCCAACUAUGCCAAGACAUAAUUAUCAUCUAGUAAGACCUUAUGUGAAAGCCCUGUGUGAAAAGUAUAACCUCCCUUAUCGAGUCAAGCCAAUUGGGAUAGCCUUUGGAGAUGUUUUCAGAAUCUUGAAAUCAAGUGCCGAGUUAUGGAAAAAAGCUAAAUCUGAGAAAGAAAAAUGCGCAAAAAAGCUUCUGGAUGAAUAAUAAAUGAAUAUGAUUAUUAUCAUGCAGUGUCUUUAACACAUUCCAUAUUAUGUUGUUUCUAUUUAAACUGAGUUUUAUAAGAAAAAUGUUCUAUUUUGAUUGUUACAUAGUUUUUUCUACAUAAAUAAACAUCGACAUAAUCUUCUUUUGGUAAUAAUAUAAGUUUACUUUUUAAUAUUAAUACAUCUAAGUAUUACUCUUUUAUCAAUUGAAUGUGUUCUUAUUAGUUACAGAAUAACUGAUUACUAGAAAUCGUACAGUGAUAACACUAUGUGGAAUUUUUCAUUACAGAAAAUAAAUUUGAACAGGUCACAUAAGUUUAAUCUAUGAUUUUGCUUAUCGUAAUUUCCAAUGUUCAUUUUUUGUUUAAUUAAAAAAAAACAGUACUUAUUUACUUAUAUUUAGCUCAUUAAUUAUUAUCUGUUCAGUUGUGAAAAACUAAACGUGUAUCGUAUAUGAUGCAUUUGAAGACUGACAUCAUUUUAUCAUGGUUACUUUGCUUAUAAAGUCG